CUAAGCUACCAUGGUUACUACCACGUGAUCUGAUUGGUGGGGCGUGUGACGUCUGAUUCCACGAGCAAACAACAGGUGUGUUGCAGGUGUGACGCAGGUGAAAGGUUCCACACCUUCCUGGUUGUGCAACUUCAAGAUAUAACGGUCAGGAUACUGAAGAUCCUGCUGGGUUACGUAACUAACCAACAUGGCAUACCAACCUGCAGUAACUAACCAGCCAGGCUAUCCUCCUCCGCAGCAGGGGUACCCCCCUCCUCAGCAGGGAUAUCCCCCUCCUCAACAGGGAUACCCCCCUCCUCAACAGGGAUACCCCCCUCCGCAACAGGGGUACCCCCCUCCUCAGCAAGGAUACCCCCCUCCUCAACAGGGGUACCCUCCUCCCCAACAGGGAUAUGCACCCCAAGGCCAAAUGACAUGGAUGCCGGUCCCCCAGGCGCCACCUGGCUGCCCCCCUGGUCUGGAGUACAUGACACAGAUUGACCAGCUGCUGGUGAAACAGCAAGUGGAACUAUUGGAAGCCUUCACAGGAUUUGAGACUAACAACAAAUACAAGAUCAUGAACUCCCAGGGCCAGCAGGUAUAUUUUGCAGCAGAAGACAACGACUGCUGCUCGCGUCAAUGCUGCGGGAACAUCCGCUCCUUUGAGAUGAAGAUCAUGGAUAACAGUCAGAAUGAAGUUAUCCACUUGAGUCGGCCGCUGCGCUGCAUGCACUGCAUGUGGGCGUGCUGUCUGCAGGAGCUCGAGGUACAGUCACCACCAGGCACUACUGUGGGAUGGGUGAAGCAGACCUGGCACCCGUUCCUGCCCAAGUUUGUUGUGCAGAACGCUGCAGGAGAAACUGUGCUGACCAUCGAGGGUCCAUGUCUCAACUGCUCCUUCUGUGGGGAUGUGGAGUUUGACGUUAUGUCUGCCGAUGAAACCAGUAAAGUUGGUAAGAUUUCAAAGCAGUGGAGUGGGCUUGCCAAGGAGAUGUUCACAGAUGCAGACAACUUUGGAAUCCAGUUCCCCAUGGACCUUGAUGUCAAAGUCAAGGCUUCCCUGCUUGGAGCUAUUUUUCUCAUUGACUUCAUGUUCUUCGAGCAAGUUGGGAAUCAGGAACAGCAGAACACAGUCUGGUAAACAUCAUGAACAGCAGAACACAGUCUGGUAAACAUCAGGAACAGCAGAACACAGUCGGGUAAACAUCAGAAAUAGCAGAACACAGCCGGGUAAACAUCAGGAACAGCAGAACACAGUCGGGUAAACAUCAGAAAUAGCAGAACACAGUCGGGUAAACAUCAGGAACAGCAGAACACAGUCGGGUAAACAUCAGGAACAGCAGAAACUUCAUACAUUACUCUGGAAUACAUUCAGGGACCCCAAAAAAACAGGUCACAAAUCAAAGCAAUGAAAUUAUGAUGUAAAUAGUGCCAAUUGUAUUCAUGUUGGUUGAAACUAUACAUUACUCAGUAAUUAUAUGCACAUAUAAGAACAUCUCUUAUUUGUAAGAGUCAUUUGACUAGAAUCUUUCUAAAGAAGUAAACCAUAUUUUCUUUCUAUAACAAAACGUUAACAAUUGUAGAAUUACAUUAUGCCUUUGGGUCA